CCUUGCAAAUCCAUCGGACUUCUCUCUAAGGAUGAUGAUAAAGCAGUUUCUGCCAGUGACUCGCAUUCAAAUGAUACAUCCGCUUCACUAUUGGCAUUUGAUCUGCUCGGAUCGCGUAAGCGAUCAGCCAGUCCUCCACAUCCUAACGAAUUCCUUCUGGAUGUUAGGCUCGGAGACGAUUCUAAACGACCGACUACUGAUUCCAAUUUUUCCACUGUUCCCAGCGGCCCUUAUGCUAACCAUAACCUUUGUGAUGUUUUCAAGUCAGACAAUGACUUUGUUGACGUUUCCAAUGGAGUUGCCAGUCCGCAGUUGGCGGUCAAAGCUGAUGGAGAAUCCUGCUCUAGCCAUUUUAAUCAUGUGACUGCUGAUGGUGCUUCUAGAGAGUCCCCUUGUCUCCAGGCGUCCCCAAUAAAAAAUGGGGACGGUGAUAUUGAACCUAGCGAAGAUAAUAGCAUAAACGAUGAAGAGGCUGAGAUUUGCAUUACCUUUACUGCCUUGGAUUUGGCUAGCCGGUCCGCUUUAAUCGAGAUGAUUCGCCAACUCUCCGAGUCAUCGAAUUCUACUUGUCAAGAUCCAAACGAUGAAAAGAUGAUGAAGAAUGAAACCAAAAGUAGACGUCGAUGGCUGCGUGCUCGGGUAGUCGACUCGGCAGAGAAAGCGACACAUGUAGUGGCCGGUCGGCUUCUACGCACUUCAAAGAUUUAUCAUGCGAUCGCACUGGCCCGUUAUAUCGUAUCUCCAAAGUGGGUGCAGGCGUCGCUUCAUCGCUUAGAGUGGCUUGACGAGCAGGACUGGAUUUUGCACGAUCCCGAGGCUGAAGCUCUGAUGGGCGUCAACUUGCGUCUCUCACUUGAGAGAGCUCGCGACCGUCAAUUGAGCUUAGGGCCAAUUAUCCCAGGUGCAAAGACUUUGCAUGAUGCUCUUGAAUCACUGCCCGGCCUACUCGGGGAGCUGCGUGCCGCGAUGCAGGGUCUUGAUAGCCCGGUCGCCCGAGCCACUCCUGGCUCAGUCUCUGCUAGCCUGCCACCAGGCGAGGGUGGCUUUUCAGGGGCCUGGGCGGUUGGGUUACCUUUGUUUGAGGGCCUUGAAUUUUGGUUUUCUCCUCGGGCCGCACACCGCGCAGUUUGUGCUAGCCUAGUGCGCGCAGCUGGUGGAGCUGUGCGUGAGCGCCGACCUACACAGAAGAAGGCACUGCUAGCUCAGCAAUUCAUCAUUUGUCACGAAGAAGACAGCCAUGUAGCCAACUAUUUGAUGCGUACCAAGACUGGAAACAAGGGUAUAUAG